CAUUGUCGAUGUCGACUUGUUAACACGUCUCUCGCUAUCCUUGUCUCUCUGACCGAGCGCGGGCUCUCGACUUAGCCGAACAAUUAACCCGUGCGCCGUACUUAUUUUAUCAACCACCCGGCCGAGCGUCGGACGAGGAUUCGCUCAAAUCCAUCCGGGCAUCAUACUCACUCAGUUACACAUCAUAAUAUGCACACAAAUAUUUACUACAUUGAUGACGCGCUCUUUUUUAUCCGAGAGCACAUUUUUGCAUCACUACUCUGAAUCCGUAUACUCACCGCGAGGCGUCCUCUCAUUGCGGCACUAAUUAACAUUCCCAACAUACUUUUUUCAACAGAUAUGUUCGCCCGCACCAGCAUUGUUUCCUUUUUCAACGUUACUUUUUCUCAGUAGAGGGUUUUCACUCGUUCGUGCGCGCUUCGAUUUCGCGGGUGCGUGGUGCGUGGUCCGGUCGCGAUGUGCGUUUUGGAAUAAUGUUUCAUGGAUUACGUUGAAUUGAGCAGGAGGAGCAAUGAAUUUAUUCUCGCUUGGAUUGCUAUGUUUUGUUGCAACUGUGCCAACCGUCUACUCAGCCUAUAACAUUACACACGGUCUGCCAUGGACUCGAUGGAACAUAUCUGGAAAAGAUGAAGAUUUGCCCCGGUUUUUUAGAUUUUCCCCAGAGCAGUUCGUAAAGUUUCGGAAAAUGCUACAAAGUGCAAUCGGAAAAUCUUCAGAGCUUCCUCAUAACAUAAAACUCGCAAAAAAAAUCAAGAAAUUCCAAACAGUCUUGAACGGGCCUUUUCCAUGCAACACAUCAAAUGCACGAAGUGCAGUCGUGCCAACAAGUGUUCAUGAAGUCAGGCCUGGAGACAUAGACGUAGUGGCUGCCAUUGGAGAUAGCUUAACUGCUGGAAAUGGAGCGGCUGCUACCAACGUCUUCCAUGUCGCAAUUGAGAACAGGGGAAUUUCCUGGUCCAUCGGAGGUCAGAAAAAUUGGCGGGAACAUAUGACUAUCCCGAACAUACUUCGCGAAUUCAACCAGAACUUGAUUGGUUACUCGAAAGGCGAUUCGAUUGCUCAGGAGAAAAAAGCGCAUUUCAACGUCGCGGAAAUCGGCGCCAUCAGCACGGAUAUGCCGUUCAUGGCGCGAGUUCUAGUCAAGAGGAUCCGUGCCGAUCCGAAUGUGGAUUUCGAAAAGCAUUGGAAGCUUGUUACAUUGAUGAUCGGCUCGAAUGAUUUUUGCACUGAUCUAUGUUAUAGUCCUGAUAUAUGGGCAACACCUGAGAAACAUAAAAAGGACAUCGAAAACGUUUUGGAUUACUUGCAGGCAAAUUUGCCGAGAACUAUUGUUAACUUUGUGGUUGCCCCAAACCUGCAAAUUAUCACUGAGUUCUCUGCUAGCCCCCCUUUGUGUUAUUUCACCCACGUCGCGGAAUGCUACUGCCUAUUUGCUGCCCAGUACAAACAUAAUUUAAGAAAUUACAUUAAAGUGAUGGAGCUAUGGCAGAACGCCGAAGAAGAGCUGGUGAACCUACCAAAAUACAAGACUAGUGAUGAUUUUGCAGUCGUACUUCAAACCUUCACACGAGAUCUCACGUUUCCAACGAAGAAAACGAGGUUUGGAAAUACAAUUACAGACUGGUCUUAUCUUUCUGCUGACUGCUUCCAUUUUAGUCAAAAAGGAUACCAAAGAGCGGCAAAUGCUCUUUGGAAUAAUAUGUUGGAGCCAGUCGGGAAUAAAUCAAGAGAUUGGAAACUCGAGAUGACCCGAUUUUUAUGCCCAACGGAGGAGUCUCCGUAUAUUUGCACGUGGAAAAACUGUAAAUAAUUACCACAACUUCAUCUCUGGCACCUGAUCUUCGAUGGAUUAUUCUAGUCAAAAACUGUCUUAUAUUUGACGUUUUGUAUAUUGUUCAAUUUUAUACUUACUUAGAAAUUCACUUUUCCAACAUGGAAAAAAAAACGCUUCUCCUUCCGCCCAUUGCGAAUCUCAAACUCAGAUGGUCUGCAUGAGCACUGAA